AUGGGUUACACUCACUACUACUCGGUCGACAACACCUCCAGCCCCGAGUGGGGAGCCGCCUGGCCCCAGCUCAUCGAGGAUGCUCAAAAGAUCGUCGACAACUCCAAUGUCCCUCUCAGCGGUCCCGACUUCGACGAACCCGGUCCGCCAAUCAUCGAUGUAAACCAGGGAAUCUUCCUCAACGGAGUCGGAGACGACGGACACGAACCUCUGUGCUUGGACCGGCACGGUAACGCGGGGUUUUCAUUUGUCAAGACGGCUCAUAAGCCAUACGAUGAGGUGGUUGCGUGUAUCCUGCUCAGGGCAGCUGUGCUGGCUCCGAACUGUGUCAGCUUGAGCUCGGAUGGUGAUUGGGAUCAUGAUUGGUGUAUGGCCCGCCAUCUAUACAGAGAUUUGUGGGGAGAGGAUGUCGAAUGUCCUUGGAGUGAGACUGAGGUUGCGGAUGACUGA